AAAAGUUGCAAGAAUAGUACAAAGAAAAUUAUUUUACCCUUUUCUUAGAUUCUUUUAUUAUUAAUGCUUUCCCCCAUUUGCUGUAUCAUUUGCCCUAUUUAUCUGCGCGCACACACACAUGCAAGUGUAAUUAUUUUUCUGAAACAGGUGCGUAAAUCACGGUUGAGUGUGUAUUUUUAAGAAUAAGAAUAUAUUCUUUCACACAGUUAUCAACUUUAGUAAACUUAAUACUAAUUCGAUACUUUUAUCUAAUCUAUCAGCCAUAUUCUAAGUCAAUUAACCCAAUACUACCCUUUAUUUAGAAGUUUUUUCCCUCCAGUUCAGGGUCCAAUCUAAAAGGAGGAUUUACAGUUAGCUGUCCUGUCUCUUUGGUCUGCCUUAGUCUGGAACGUUUUCUCAGUCUUUCUGAGAACAUUGACUUUUUCUGAAGAAUUUUUAAAAUAGAUUAUUCCUCAUUUUGAAUUUGUCUGAUGUUUCCUUGUGAUUAGGUUGAGAUCACAUAUUCCUAGCUGGAAUACUACAUAAGUAAUAUUGUGUCUUUCCCAGGGUAUCACAUUGAUGAUGAUAAUUUUGAUCACUUGCUAAGGGUAUGUUUGAUUUAUCUACUGUACCAUCAUCAUCUCACGAUUUUUGCAAAACAUAUAUCCUAGCCUUGUCCACAAACAAGGGCUACUCCAUUAUGUCUCAGGGGCAGUAACCAUGGUCACUAAACGCCAUUCCCAACUACAAGGUACCAGCGAUUCUUGGAGAAAUGGCUGCUCUCCAGUCUAGAGUAGGGUAUUCACAAGGUGAGCUAUGGUAUCUUAUUGUGCCAGAAAACAAGGAGGUUCUCAAAAUCUAAGUGAGUCAUGUCAAAAGACGCUGUAGCCAGCUUGAAGGGGAUCUGAUUGGCCAAAGAUUGGACAAUUUGAGCAUCAAAAAGAAAAAAUAACCAUAAUUGAUUGCUAUGCAUUGAUUAUAUAAAAAUCCAUAAAUCCAUAAUAACACUCUCUACACCAUUCAAAGGACAAGGUAUGCAGAGCUCUUUCACUCCAAUGUGCUUUUAUGCCCCUUGUCUGAACAGUUUAGCAUGUUUUGCUUCAUCUGACAGAACUCAACUUUCGAGAUCCAGCUCAGACGCCACUUCCUCUGAGAGAAGCCUUCCCUAAAACCUCUAUGUAGUUCACUGUUUCUCCACAUCUCAACAUAGUUCACGGCACAUGCCUCUUUAAAUGCACAUAUCAUACUGUACUGGAAUUUCUUGUUUAGCUGGGUUUUUCUUUCUAGACUGUAAGUUUAUAUAUAAGGACCCACCUGGGUUUUAUUUAUUGUUUUAUUCCCAGUGCCUAGCACAUACUUAUAGACAGUUUUAUGUAUUAUAUAACAUUACAUGUUGUGAACCAAUGGAUCAACUUCGAUAGUAUUUCCUUCUCUUCUUCAUCAUACAAUGCAAAUUUGUUUAUAUUUUAGAAAAUGAUCGAAAACAGUUAAAUAGCUGGCUAUUUUAGCCAACAUGCCAAAUUUUUAUCAAAAUAUAUUUUUUAAAAGAUUUUUUCCAUCUAUCAGCCUGAGUAGACCAGAACUAUGCCCCACAAUCUUUUCUUGAUUCUUAUUCUUAGACAAUAGCUUCCUACAGUAUUUUUAUUUAUCCCAAUCUGUUUUCUCCCCCGAAAGAUCUUCUACAUACAUAUAUCUACUGAUAAUGUAGGGUAGGAAGUGUUGAAGUUAAAUUAUUGAUUUUUUUUUCAGUAACCGGUAGCUCGACUUAGUUAUAAUCUUUUUUAAAAUAGUAGUUUGAAAUGAGUAUUUUUAAAAGUCAAUUUGGUCCAACAUCUGUAACACACCAGGGGGAACUAGCACGUAGCAUGUACCCCAGUAGGUUUCCCGGUAUUAAACUUCCCUCAUGAAGCCUCUUACUGUGUGUGGAAUCUUGCGUGCACAUAUGCAUACAUCCAGCCUUAGGUCUUUGUGGACUUUUAAACAUUAACAAUUUAGGUGGUAGAGAUGAUGUAAACCUUCCGUCAAAGGCAUGUGCAAACGCACUAAGAUGCUUCGGGAAGUCCCUCUCUCAGACGCAGUGAAAGGAUUCUCAUUUAGGCCAGAGGUGGCCGCGGAUAGAUGCGGUCAGCGCAGCCGCUUAAUGCCGGUCUGUGCUUGGGAGGAAUCUCCCCUCUUCCUCGUGGAGCAGGACUGAGAUGCUGAGACGCCAGCGGAAAAAGGUGAGGGCGGCGGGACCGCAGCUCUGGAGAGCUUGGCUGCUCGGGAGAUGGGACCGGUCGCUGGCCGCGGUGCUGAACACGCGCCCGGGCUACCCCAGGUUGGCGGGCGGGAAGAGGCCCCGGGGGGUUGGUGAGUUCGAAGGAAGGCAGUCGUCAGUCUCACAUCUUCGGCUGUUGGUUUCUGGCUCCGGGCUGGGGACACACAGGCCGCGUCCAGGAGAGUCACCUCGCGAGCGUAGGGGUAGCCUCUGACCCAAUCCCAAGAGGCGCAGCUCCUGCCCCUCAACAGCAACCCAUACAAUAACAGCAAAGUAGCCCAUAAUUAUUUGAGCUUCAACUCUGUCUCCAACACUUGACAUCCACUCCCACUGGUCCUCACAACAUCCUCAAAAUUUAAAAUAAAAAGGUUCACGACCUUGCCCAAGUGAACACAGCUACCCAAUGGCUAAGCUCUCUCAAUCAUGCCUCAGAAAAUGUUUACUGCGCACCCUCGACGUGCCAGCCUUACAGACUGCUCCUCCUCCUUUACCGGCUUCGCUCUCCUCCCACCACGGCCCUUUUCUUUUGCCCCUCCUCUUCCCCCAAGGUUUGCAUCAGGCAGAAGUAAUCUCCUACACAGCGUACCCCCUGCUACUGCCCAGUCGGGAGACUGUACAAAGGGCUGGGAUUCAGAACAGAGUUUAUUCAAACGUUUGUCCUUUCGUGCUGGGAAGUCCAAACCGGGUGGGAGAUCCAAGUCUAGUCCCUGAGCCCCCAACUCGCUGUGUGACCUUGGACAAGUGGCCACACGUCUCUGAGCCUGUUUCUCCUCGAUAAUGUGAUGAUAGGUUCUAGGACUGCGUGAGGCUCUUUCCAGGUGCGUACCGGUCUCCUCUCGGGUCGGAAGACAAUCACUAGGUCUCUCUUUUUUCACUCCCUACCCUGCUUUUCCAAGCCCAGUUGGGCACACUCGAUUCUUCUCCUCACCGGGUCCCUUGUUGAGGAAGAACUCAGGUCCCCCCGCACCUGAAGGAGUUCUCCCCGCCACCUCCGCCGUCCCCGCCCCUAGCCCCAGGGGUGACUUGCCCUCUGGGCCACACUAGCCAGGCAGCGUCCAAGGUUAGGAAGAGAGCUCCUCGCGUUCUCACUUCGCCGGUUCUCCGCGGUCCCCACACACCGGGCCGCUUUGGGAAGUUCGAGCUGUAGCUCCAGCAAGAACGCGAAGGUGAGGCAGAGCUGGCGGGGCUGCCCCGGUGACAGGUACGUGUGUGGAGGCCGGCCAGAGGCUGAGUUGGAAGAGAGGGACUUUGGGCGAGAGGACGGGGGAAAGGGAGGGUGCCAGCAAGAGCGAGGGUCACUCUGUCUCCUCGCCACCAGUGUGUGUGUGUUUAUGUGGGGGGGGGGGGGGAGGGGUGCCUCCCUCUCUCCUCCUCCUCCCCGUCCCAGGCUAUCAAUCUCACCUUCUCCCUCAGCUUCUGCCUCUCACUUCCCUCUUUCCUCUGCAAGCGUCCUCCCUGCGAGCCCGCGUCCGCUCCGCCCUCGCGCUCUCUCGCGCCUAAGAGGACCUUCUCGGGGACCAGCUCGGUGCGGCCCUUCAGCGCAGUCGCAUCCGAGAGCCAGAUAAGCUGAACCGGCAGCAUGUGGAACGCGACGCCGAGCGAGGAGCCGGGACCCAACCUCACGCUGCCGGACCUCGGCUGGGACGCUUCCCCCGACAACGACUCGCUGGCGGAGGAGCUGCUGCCGCUCUUCCCCGCGCCUCUCCUGGCGGGUGUCACUGCCACCUGCGUGGCGCUCUUCGUGGUGGGCGUCGCGGGUAACCUGCUCACCAUGCUGGUGGUGUCGCGCUUCCGCGAGAUGCGUACCACCACCAACCUCUACCUGUCCAGCAUGGCCUUCUCCGACCUACUCAUCUUCCUCUGCAUGCCCCUCGACCUCGUCCGCCUCUGGCAGUACCGGCCCUGGAACUUCGGCGACCUGCUCUGCAAACUCUUCCAGUUCGUCAGCGAGAGCUGCACCUACGCCACGGUGCUCACCAUCACCGCGCUGAGCGUCGAGCGCUACUUCGCCAUCUGUUUCCCGCUGCGGGCCAAAGUGGUGGUCACCAAGGGCCGGGUGAAGCUGGUCAUCCUGGUCAUCUGGGCCGUGGCCUUCUGCAGCGCCGGGCCCAUCUUCGUGCUGGUGGGGGUGGAGCAUGAGAACGGCACCGACCCUCAGGACACCAACGAGUGCCGCGCCACCGAGUUCGCCGUGCGCUCGGGACUGCUCACGGUCAUGGUGUGGGUGUCCAGCGUCUUCUUCUUCCUGCCUGUCUUCUGCCUCACUGUGCUCUACAGUCUCAUCAGCAGGAAGCUGUGGCGGAGGAGGCGCGGCGAGGCGGCGGUGGGCGCCUCGCUCCGGGACCAGAACCACAAGCAAACCGUGAAAAUGCUGGCUGUAGUGGUGUUUGCGUUCAUCCUCUGCUGGCUGCCCUUCCACGUAGGGAGAUAUUUAUUUUCCAAAUCCUUUGAGCCUGGCUCCCUGGAGAUUGCUCAGAUCAGCCAAUACUGCAACCUCGUGUCCUUUGUUCUCUUCUACCUCAGUGCUGCCAUCAACCCGAUUCUGUACAACAUCAUGUCCAAGAAGUACCGGGUGGCAGUGUUCAAACUUCUGGGAUUUGCACCCUUCUCCCAGAGGAAGCUCUCCACUCUGAAGGAUGAAAGUUCUCGGGCCUGGACAGAAUCUAGUAUUAAUACGUGACCAAGCACAUUGCUGAGCAAAGUCAUCGCUUAUUAUCCUAAACCAGAAGCCAUAGCACAGCAGAACUUGGGAUGAAGUUGAAGGUUAAUUUUGGAAUUAGGGUCACAUAUGUCUGGAAACAAUUGGAGGGAAAGAAACAGUAGAAUUUGUAGUGUGUGAGCAGUUUGAUUUGAUUGCAAACUCAUCCGUGCUCUCAUACACUAUUUCUGCAUAUUCAUUGCCUAUGAUUUUGCAUUCUGCUGGUGAUGCUGGCAAGGACUUUGUGAUUCGGAGAAAGGGGGAGGGGCAGAGAGGGCAGUUAGGGCACUUCUCGCUGGAUAAAGACUAAAUCUGAUCUACUUUUUCAUAAUGAUAAGAAAAUUUUAAUUAAAAGAAUGACAUUAAAAUAAAAAAUUUAAAACAUGACUUUUUAAAACUAGCAAUUUUCAUGUAGCUCCAGAUCAGUGCUGUCCAAGAGAAAUACAACGCAAGGUACUUAAGUAAUCAAUAUAAAAAUUAUUUGUGAGAAUUUUACAUUCUUUUUUUCAUACAAAGUCUUUAAAAUUUGAUUUGUUUUUUACAUUUACAGCAUAACUUAAUUUGGAUAUUAAGUUUUUAUCAGUAAUAGUUGAUGUAUUUAAAUUUCAUAAAAUUUGCAGAAUAAAAAGUAGAUUCAUAAACCUAGGCCGUCCAAACACACUUAAAAGUUUUCCAAUAACUAAAACUACUAUAAGUUUUUAAAUAUAAGAUGAAUUGAAAUUAAAACUUCAGUCCUUCAAGUUGCACAGGUCACAUUUCAAGGGUUCAUAGCCACGUGUGGCUAGUGGCUACUGUUUUGGACAGUACCGCUCUAGAGAAUAUGUAAAAUUAUUGUCAAUCUUAUAAAAAAUGUUUAAAAAUAGUCACUCCCUGAAAUGUUUUUAUAGCAAAAUUAGCAUAGCAGAAUAUUAGAGUGAUAAAUUCUAAAACUCACACCUAAAUGGCCUAUUCGUGCUUGGAAGAAAGUGGAUAUGAGAUAUAGGAUGAAUUUUUAAAUUAGAUUGAAUUACAUGUGUUAAUAUUCGGGAAAUGAAACUUUAUAAAAAUUAUAGACAAUCGCAAACUACCUUAUUUGGCUUAACAAAAAUAUUUAAGCCAAUCAUAAGGCUUUGAUUUGUGAAUAAAGGAAUAAUUUAUAACUUACUCUGAAAGGUUUAUAGGAACUUAGUGAACAUAGAAAUGGUAAAAAAUUCAGAAUCCUUUAAAUGCUACUGCUUAUUGAUAUUCAAAAGUUUUUUUAAUCUUAUAACCGUUAAUUUCAAAAUGCCUAUGCCAUGUCCUAUCUCCAGAUUAGUUUUGCUAUUUAUAUCCCAUUGCUUAUCUGGUAGGUACGUUUACUUGAAUUUUCAGUCUCCCUCUCAUAAUUAUGAAUGAUUAGACCCCUUCAACUAAAUAUUCUACAGUUUUUUUAUAAAUCUAAAACUUUCAUUUAUAUUGACAUUGCUCCUUAUAUAGUCAACUCUUUUCAUAUUAAAUAUGUUAUUCCAAAAAUGAUUUCUUCAUAGUCGCAUUCAACACUAAGUCAUAUAAGCAAUUCCUACGUGAAGUUAUUGGUUAAACUAUAGAACUGGUGGAGCCAGUUAGGGAAAUUACUGCCAUGAUUGACUUUUUUCCCCCAUCAAAAGUAAAUAUUGUUAUGUGGAAAUAAUUGAUUGACUAUUUAUUUUAGAAAAAUAAAAACAUAAUCAUAAUCAUAGUGAUUUCUUUAAAGAAAUAUUUCUAAAAUCCUUCCUUAUACCAAAACUGCGUAUCAGCUUAUCUAAAUACAGACCUUUAGCAAGUAACUUAUUCAGCUAAUUCUUGGGAGUACAUCAAUAUUUUUUAAAAAUAUACUGAUUCAUUGAAGCUCAUCAGAUACUAAUGAGGUCAUUCAGCAUUAUUGUUCUCAAUAGGGCCCAGUAAAUCCCAAAGAGAUAAUUCAGUUUCCUGAAGCCUUAGAGUUUUGUCUACAAAUACACCCUACCUGAGAGAAAACAAGCAAAACAGGCUUGACUUCCAUCACAGAUGAUUGCCACACAUUGAUUGUUGUGGAGAAAAAACUAACUUUUAGUUAGAUGCUUACCCAUUCAAUGGUCCCUCCUUUCUUGUGGGUUCAUGUCUGUAGUCUCGGCCUAGCUCACUAACAGGGACUUCUUUCCAUAGCAAGGACCACCAUUGACCACUGCUGUUGAUUUGGGAACUGAGAGGAUGUUUAGAGAAAAGGAUCUUCAAUUUGCCCUCUAAUGCCAUGCCCUUUUAUUGUCUGUAUCUUCUUCAUAUAAUCACACUCUGUAAAUUGUUUAAGACUCAGGGAAAAGAACUUACACUGAGGAAAACUGUUUCUAAAAGUCCAUCAUUUCAUUAGCAUUUAAUAUGUGCCUGAUGUGUCUAAGCUCUAUAGAUGAAUAAGUCACGGAUUAUAUCCUUAAUGAGCUCAUGAUCACUGGUGUGUUAUGUUGCAGUAGGUAACUAACAAAUAUCUUUAAGUUAUAAAGUAAACAUCUCCAGUUGAUACUGGAUCAAACUGUUCUCCAGCAUUUCAAGGGGGCUUGUUCAUUUCCCUAUAUUGUUGUGUGUUUGGCUCAAAAUACAUUCAAAUUGACCGGUCCCUACACAAACCAGGCAAAUUUAUAGAUGCAGUUAAUGUGUCUGCUAGUGGUCAUUACGCUCACAGCAUUCUUCAUUACUGUAAGGAAAGUAAAGGAAUUGAUUUUACUUUUAAUCUGUUUCCAUUUUCCUGGUUAUCCAGCAAUGAGGUUUCUGUCACCACACCUUACACUGUGUCACAAAGUCAAGGGUUGGGUCAUUUUCAUUAUAAGAAGUGAGAAGAACUCUUGAAUAAUUGCUUUAAAGAAAACACUCAUUGUCAUGAAUUAUUUAAAAUUGUAAGUUUUGUGGCAAUGAGAUUUAGAAACGCUUCCAGUGUCAGGCCCAACCUUGGAAACCAUUUCUUUAUAGUCAAAUUUUUUUUGCAAUGAAGGUGAUUGUGAUGGGGUUUGACUUGAAAUUCCAGCUUUUUCACUCUCAUGCUUUUAUUAAGAACCUGAAAUGAUUCCAAACAAUUUACAAUUAUUAGUUCAACAUUGAUAACUUUAGCUAUAAUUUUGUUGCUGUUUUUUAUUUAUCCACAUACCUGAAUUUAACAUUUUAAAAAAAACCAAACUCUGAGACUUUUUGUAAGACUGGUGCCUGAAAAUGCUCUCUUGUCUUUUAAAACAUCAUGUGUACAUCUUUAAAACGUGACAUACAUAUUUACAUUGGUCAAAACUUCUUGUCACAGUGUCUAAGUGAAUAGAAUUGAGUUUUCUGCUUUCAGAAACACUGUAUCUAGUGUAAAUAAUGUCAUUAAGAGAUAAAGAUGACGUCACUCGUAGUUCAUUGUCUAACGAUCCUCCAGUGAUUUCUUUGCAAUUUAAAUUGCAGCACUAGCCAGGAUACAUACAGAUGUUACUUACUAGGCGAUUAGUGACCAAUGCUAAUUCAGUCAACUGGUAGCACAAAUGUGUUUUACCCAGAGAAUGAACUGCAAGUCAAAGUGUGCUGGUGGCAAAGGCUAGCUGUUUUAAGUUCACGUCACUUAUUAAUUCACAUUAAAUGAAUUCAGUCAUGUUGACUCCUGGCAAUGAUCUCAGUUUGAAGCAGGGGAGAGGGAAGGUCUGGCUGAGGCUUGUUUUGUGUUUUUCCUUGUGAAUGCAAACUCUUGCAGAGUGUGGGAAGUUGGCCAUUUUGGUUGAGAGAAUUAUCAUCAUCCUUAAAAAAACAAAGCUGCCAUGCGCGUGCUCCUCCUAAUUGCCUGGAUAUUUGUUAGUAUUCCAAUUCAUAUUUUAUGCUGAGGCACAGUGUACCCUUUGCUCAAGGGACUACGGACUACCCUCAAAACUGGUAAACCAAGAAAGCCCUCAAAAAGCACCCCUCAUGUAAAUGUUCAAAAACAUCCGCCAAAAUGUUUGCAAAUGUUCUUUCCAGAAGAGCUCCUCUCUCUACUCUCACCGCCACACACCCACCCAGCCCCCCUCCCCAGCAUACAGCAAGUAGUUGGGAAAAAUAGUCUGGAAAAUCAUCUGUGAUUUUAACAUCUCAAAUCCAAGCAUUUAUCCAGCUCAAACAACAAAAAUAUUUAUAUUUUUCACCUUUAGCACUAUGGGUUUAGUACUCUAGAGAGCACUUGUUCACACAAAUACAUCCAAACAGUGUCGUCUCCUGUUUUAUCGACAGCUGCAGUAUUCUAGGUCUGUGUAGAAUUGGUCACUUGCUUGAUUUGUGUUUGUACAGUGUCAUCUAUGUCACUAAUGAUAUUUUGAUUUGUGAUUCUUUUUAUUUAGGGUCUUUUGAAUGUUAAAGAGUUUACUGUAGCUCUCAUGUCUCUGUCUUUAUGAGAUUAGGCAUCAGUUUUCCUUCCUUUGGGUGUCCUUAACCAAACGAAUGCUUAAUAAAUAUCUUCUUAAAGCUUAUAGUUAAUUUCUUCUACUUACAGUUAUAACUCUUGGUGUUUGGGAUAUUUUACCUCUGUUCCUGUCCUAGAUUCAGUUUUAUUUUGUCCUUUUAAUUUCUGAAACAUGUAUUUUGCAACUAUGAGGAGGUGUUUGUUGUAGUGAAUUUUAUUUCCCCAAGGGGCCCAAUGUUUAAUAAUGAGUUAAACAAUUCCUAUAAAUAUUAAGAAGAGUUGGGGACCCUGUGAUGGACUGUGAUCACCAUACUGUCUUCACUUCUAUGUCCCUUACAGCCUGUCUUCCCAGAGCCAAUGGUGUUGCAACCUCCAUGGUGUGACACUAAUGUGUGACCCAAAGACCACAAGCUCUUUGAGUCAAGAGAAGGAUUCCUGUUCAUCUUGCACUCAGCAGCCACACCCUGAACGUUGCUUGGACAAAUGAAGGUUUAAAGACUGGAUUAUAUGUCACCUGGGUUUUAGCUUCCAGACUUAUGGAUUCCUGAGGCCAAUAAAAUUUAAAGCUAAAAUUGUAGGACCAAUGAAAUUGGCCAACUUUUAUUAGCCAAUUAAGGGACUUUAAAAUACCCUACUACCCAUUAUCACCAUCAUUUCAACUUAAAAAGAACAUUGAACUAAAAAAAAAAGUAGAAAGGAUAUAAUCUUGGAAUAAAAGAUCAUCACACUGUGAAAAUUCAACAUAUUCUACGUUCUACAAAAUCAUACAUGUAUGCUGUUAACGUGGGCUAAUGACAACUUGGAAGCAGUAUCUAAAAUGUGCAAUUUGGCAAUAAUUAGUCAUAUACUAAAGUAAUCCAAAGGAGCAAAUCAAUGGAUUUGGGUUUUUUUUGCUGUGGGUGGUUUUGUGUGUAUGUGAGCGUG